AUGAUGUCAGAUGCAGAAAAACCGCAAGAAAAGUCUAUUGAGAACAGUUAUAACAAUUCGUCGAUUAUCGAGCGGGGUCGAACAUUAUUGGACAAAGAAAUUAACAGUGAUAAUUGUGAUGAAAUAGUUUCUUGUUCAUUUGGAUAUCCACCCUUUGAGGCUUUUUCAAUUGAAGAUAUCGUUUCUUAUUAUAUUAUAAGCAAAUGUGCUGGGCAACAAAGAGAACUGGAAUGUUGUGUUGAAAUAGCAUCAACAUUUUUGCGAUCAAUCAAUGACUGGACUUUGCCUUCUUUAAAAGAUAUGCAAGGGAAAUUGUCGUUUCCAAAUUUAUUGGCAUAUCGUAUCAUUUAUGCAAGAUGGUUACGAUUCUGUUUACUACCAAAGGAAAACAAAUCACAUCAGUCAUAUUGCAUCAUUAAAAUAUUUGGCUUUCGUUUUUUAAUCAUUCUUCUUCCAUUCUUCAUAUACGAUGUCAAGAAAUGCACCCGCAGUGUUAAUCUCCAAGUUAUUCAAAAUCUACUCAAUUUUGCAUCUGAAUUGAAUGACAUUCUUAGCUGCAGUAAUUUGCUUACGGACUCAAAAAUAUUAUACUCUUUUCCUGACGGAAUUUCUCGACCUUCAUUGAAACGAGGUUAUUCCGUUUGGAGUACGGAGUCUCAUCUAGAUGUGACGUCUAAUAUUUUGGAAACAAAAUUUCCUCGUCAAGAGUUGGAACAUUUAAAUCCGAUUACACAAUGUGAAACGAAUUUCGACGAGUCUUUGAUGCUACGACUUAUUGCUCGAAUGGAGUUAACAAAUAUGCAGUCGAAGCGCUGGAUGUCUAAAAUGAAUGUUUUCGAAGUAGAUGUUGCCAGAACGGAAGUUUCUCGUUUAGAGGUGAAAUUGAAUCCCGCUUUUCAUAGUUUCUUUCUUAUGGAACUUGAUAACGUGAUAUCUUUCCACGUAAUUUCAAAUAAUUAUGAUGCAAAUCAUUGUCAUCAGAAAUUAGCAUGGUUAUUACAGUUGCAGUGUCUGUUUAGCACUCAGUUACCUCGUAUGCCCAAGGAGUAUAUCUCAAGGCUUGUUUUUGAUAAUCGUCACAAAAAUCUGGUCAUUAUCAAGAGAGAACGUGGAGUAAUCGGAGGCAUAUGCUUUCGACAGUUUCCCACACAAGGGUUUAUCGAGAUCGUAUUCUGUGCUGUGACGGCAAAUGAACAGGUAAAGGGUUAUGGGACUCACAUGAUGAACCACUUAAAAGAUUAUCAUAUUACAACAUGUCACAUAUAUCAUUUUCUGACAUAUGCUGAUGAAUUUGCUGUUGGCUAUUUCAAGAAGCAAGGUUUUUCCCAGAAAAUAACGAUUGAUAAGAAGCAGUAUCAUGGUUACAUUAAAGAUUACGAAGGAGCGACGUUAAUGGGUUGUCAGUUGCAUCCAUGGAUAGUGUAUACAAAUUUAGCGAUAUUCUUGAAACGUUUACAUGAUCUUUAUCAAAGUGCCAUCAAAGAAAGCUCGUCCAAAGCAGAAAAAAGUUGGCCAAGAAUUGGAAAUGUCUUCCAUUGUCAUGAUGGCUCAUUAGUACCAUACACCAAACUGCCAGGACUGGAAUGCUAUGAAAAAGAAUUAGUACCGCAUGAAGAACUUGAACGAAACAUUCGUUGUAUUCUCCUUAAAUUAAAAUCAGACAAAUCAUCAUGGCCAUUUCUAAAACCAGUGGAUGCGAAAGAAGUUCCGGAAUAUUAUGGAUACAUAAAAUUCCCAAUUGAUUUGAAAACAAUGUAUGAGCGCUGUAAAGGAAAAUAUUACAUCCAUAACCUGUCAUUGAAAUCUGGUUUUAAGGAAAGAUUAUUUGUUGCCGAUCUUCGAAGACUGUUCAGCAACUGCUUCAAAUUUAAUGCACCAAACACAUUGUACUACAAAGCAGGAUAUAAUUUGGCUCAGCUUGCGCGAAACCUGUGUCAAAAAGCUUUUCCUUUUUUGGAUAUAUAUCCCGAACUUCCCGAUGUGAAACCUGAACUCUAG